AUGGCAGAUUGUAAACCAGUCAGCACUCCAAUGGAAAUAGGCUGUAAAUUGACCAAAUCUGAUGACUCACCUGUAGUAAAUCAAUCUGAGUACAGGUCAAUGAUAGGAAGUCUAUUAUAUUUAACUGCAUCUCGACCAGAUUUAAUGUUUGCAGUAUGUCUAGUCUCUCGCUUUCAAUCUGCACCUAAACAAUCUCUUUUGAAUGCUGUAAAACGAAUCUUUAGAUAUGUUCAAGGCACACUAGAUUAUGGUCUUUGGUAUCCCCGUAAUAAUGACUUCACUCUUGUUGGCUUCACUGAUUCUGAUUGGGCCAGUUGUCUAGAUGAUCGUAAAAGCACCAGUGGAGCUGCCUUCUUUCUUGGUGAUUGUCUUGUUGCUUGGCACAGUAAAAAGCAAGAUUGUGUCACUCUGUCCACCGCAGAGUCAGAAUAUAUAGCAGCCACUGCAUUGGUAUUCAGUGUGUGGUAUGUAACAGUGGUAUUCAGUGCAACAGUGAGUGACAUUGGUAUUCAUAGCAACAGUGGUAUUCAGUGCAACAUUGGUAUUUCAACAUUGGAUAUUGGCAUUUCACAUAUUGAAUUGCAUAUUACAGGUUCAGAGGAUGUUGUUUUUCCUUACAGGUUUGCAUAUGACAAGGUUCAGUGUUGA